CGAGAAAAUAAGAAUGAUAUAAAAAAAAAAAAAACAAUAAACAAAAAGGGAUAUUUGAAAAAACGCUUUUUAACUGUGGUACACUUUGAUGUACGCGAAUUUAGCGAGUGGUUGAAAAGACAUAAAAGGAAAGGUAGUAGUAGUAGUGUAGUAAAUAACUUUAACAUAUGUGUAUGGAGGGGUGCGGGUAACCCUAUGUGAUGUGAUGUGAUAUAUACACUUUUUAGUGUAAAAAAAAAACGUGUCGUGCUAUGCUGUAGGAGCAGCGUUAGAACGACAAAAAAAAACAAAAACAAAGAAAAAAGACAAAAUUGCAAAGAUUGACAAAUGAUGAUAGUGCUUUUGUUGUGCGUCAUCAUGAAGAUAGCAGAAUUUUCUGCUGGUCGUGUUAGUCCAACAUUACAAUCAUCCAGACAAAAACAACGGCAAAGAAAAAAACCACCGCCCUUACAAUUGUUACAACAGCAGCAACAACAAAAGCAACAACAUGAACAACAAAAAUCACCAACUUCCAUGUCAUGUCGUUUGAGACAAGAUUGGAAUUAUUAUCGAAUACCAUGCGAUAAAUGCAUGUAUUUUCUUCGAAGACAAUGUGCAGGCAAAGGAGCUGCAGUCAUGGAAGAUCCACAGACACCAGGAUCGGAUUGCAAUUCCAAUCCUGCAACAGAUUCUAUGCAACAGGAUCUUAUCGGUUCUGACUUCAUACAAGACAAUGUGGAGUAUCAAUGGUGUACAGAUUAUGGAUACAGAGAUGGAGGAUUACAUGUCCAUCCAAGUGUUUUGUCAACGCUCUCUGCAUCAUAUACUAGGGAAGAUGUUGGUUAUUACGAUGACUUGUCGCGUAAUUUGGAUGCUAAUUUAGCAGAAAUUGAUAUGGAAAGUUUUCGUAGCGCAGACAUCCACACUCUUCUUACUGCUUUGCCAGUUAUGUGCACAGAUCCAGUUCAACAUUCAGAGUUUAACUAUCAAAGGGAACGUUAUGCCAGUAUAUCUAGUUCCGUCAUGGAAAAACUUGACAUUGGUUCUUCGAUCAGCCCUCACACCAGCAGCCAGGGAGAAGAAUCUGCUUGUUCGACAACCGAUACAAUGUCUAUAUGCAAAUCAUCGUUACUAUUCUCUCCUGUGAAAGAAACACCUGUGCUACCGCCGGCAGGUAGUUACAGUGUAGAUUCAUUGGACUGCGAAGACAUGCUGUUAACUUGUCAAGCAAAUAAUAAAAAUAAUUAUACUAUUGCUUUCGAAGCUAGCAUUACAAUGUAUUCCGAUAGUUCUCCAGAUUUUGAACAUCAAGAAAAACCAGAAACGUAUGAGGUACCAGAAAUUUAUUACAAAAGAAAGGGCUUACGAAGAAAUAUAUUAGAUUCGUCAAUGGCGUGUUCCGAUUCUAAAAUAUACACUACUUGGAGUAAUUUGAAACAUACAUCCAUGAAUAAGGUUAUUACUCGACAUCCGUCGGGUAAUAACAAUACUAUUCCAAACUUUUUACAUGGAACAGGGAACACAAUUACAUCUAUAAACAAUAAAAGAAGCCAAAGCCUACCAGAUCUUUCACGAAUUCAAGAAUCACCUGCUAACAUUCAUCUAAAUUUUUCUGUCGAUUCUGCCGAAUCGAAUAACCAUCCGUUACAAUCAAACAAUUCAGGAUCUGCAAUGAGUCGUUCUGUAAAUGAAGAAAAUUCCGAUGGUAGUGGAAAUAAUUGUUGUGGAAAAAAAUUACAAAAUUUAAGCCUAGUAAAAUUAUUUAUGAAACAAAAAAGUAUGAGCGCCGAAGGAAUGAGUCUUACUUUAGAUCAAUCUGACUCUAUAAGUGAUAAUGGUUGGCCUACGAGUAAUAGUGCUAGUGAUAGUGCAACUGCGAAUACAAAUACACAAAUACAGCGACAAAAUUUAAACAAUACGUGUACUCGUCCGCUUCCCGAGAAAGAUUUUUCUAUAAAUUGGGUUCGUAGCGAUUGUUAUACUAACAAAGAAAUAGAAAGUCAAAAGGAUAAGUUUGCUGACAUUCCAAACAAUUUUCCAAGCAAUAAAGAAAAUAAGGAUGGCAUGAUUUCAUCUGCCUCGGUCGAAGAAUUGUCGGAGAGCAUAGUUAAAUCGGAACUCGUACAUGACAGUGAUAUAGAACAAAUAGAUUUUGAAAUUUCACAGGAUGAUUUGGAAAGUCGUGGUAAAAAUGUACGAGUUUUACAAGCAGAAAAUAAAUGUACGAUAGUUAAAACAACAGGAAUACAAGCAAUGGUUGAAACAGAGGAUAACGAAGUUCAAACGUCAAUAAUUUACAAAGUACCUGCAGAAAAAGAUAGCCCUUCGAUAAGGGAAACGAUAGUUAAUAAAAGGCCUGUUUAUGUUGUAUAUCCUAAUUAUACAUUACCAGAUCUUUCAUUUCUUAAUAUUAAAGAUACGAAAUUGGACAAUGUUGCAUUAAAGCCUCAAUGUUAUGACAAAAGUAAAGCAGGUUGGAAACAUUCAAAUAGAUGUAGCCGACCAUUCUCUUGUAAUGAUAUUGAUGCGCUUAAGCAACGUGGUUUUUCACACGUUAAGGAUUGGGAGUCGUUAACAUUCCUUUUACCUACUGAAUAUAAAAAAAUCUUACACGAUGUGCCAGAAGUUUCGCAGCAUAUCAAUAUAAAUGAACAAAUUAAGAAACCAUUGUUUUGUUUGUCCCCACCGAUGCGACAUAAAACAAGACCGAUAAGUGAACUUAUACCAAAUAAUAGUUCUUCGACGAGUAGUACAGCUACACAACCAUCUUCUGGAUAUCGAGGCUCAUCUACAAUAUUAACGGAUUCCUCAACGAACCAGCAAUUACUUUCUAAUAAUAUAGCUAACCCAUUAUACUUAUAUCGUUACGAUAGCAUUAGUUCUGAAGCUAGUUUAGUGAGCAAUGACAAGAAAAUGCAUAGGGCUGUUAAUCAAGCAAAACAACAAGUCUAUCCUAAUUUACCUAAACGGUCCAUUUCAUUACCUUAUGGAGAUAAAGAGGCUGAUUGCUGCAACGGCAAAGUACCACCGAGACCUCCCUUACCAAGAAGUAUCUUAAGAAAGAAUAAAGUACCAACGAGUAAAAGAUACAGUAUGUUUGAAAUGGGAGGAGUGGACGAGGUAGAAGAUCAAUGUCCCGAACCAAAUAAAAGAAUGUCGUUACAUGAACCCUAUUAUAUGAAUAAUGAUUUGCAAUUGUUAUGCCGUGGGAGAAUUAUCGAUUCGGAAAAAGACGUUGAUGAGACAGAGGAGAAAUGUAAUACAGAGAGACUGAACGAAGCUAUUAAUAAUACAAAUGUAGAUUAUGAAAUUUCUCAAAAUAGUGAAGACGAUGUAAAGCAAUUAGAAGAAUUUUUAAAACGUAGCGGUUUAUCGUCAGAAAGUAGCGAAGGUGACAAUGAAGAUCCCGAAGUUAAAUUGAGAUCAUACGUGAGAAAAUUUUUAGCUCUUAGAAUGAACAAGGAUGUUGUCAAAAAUAUUGAUAUGGCCGAAUCGCAGAAAAAAACCGUCAGUUUUGCUUUACACGAAAGAAAACGAUAUUCAAAUGAAAAGCCAAAUAAUAUAAGCGUUACGACGAACGAGUACAAUAAAGAUAAAUGUUUUCAAGAUACGAACAAAGAAAUCAAUCCUGAGAACAAAAUGGAUUUAGAAGAAAAAAGAAAUAUGAUAUUAUCCGUAAGCAAAUCUGUUGAUUUAUUACUUAUAUAUUGGAACACUGAACCUACUAAUGGCCGACAAAAUUACAACGAUAAAAAUGAAUGUGCACAACUUUGUUUAAGUAAUCUGUGCCCAGCUUUGUAUACUAUUAUGUCGGAUGGUCUAAAACCACAUUUACAAUCUACUUUUGGUCCGCUAGCAAACAGCGUAUGGCAAGUUGUUGAGGCUUCCGCUCAGCAAGGACCACUUACAAAAACAUUGAACGAAUUAGUUCAAAAGAUUAAUGGCGAGGAUAUUAUUACCGAAGGAAUGCUUAAAUUUCACGCCUUUGUAUUUGGUUUAUUGAAUUUGCGAGCUUUGGAUGCAUGGUUUGCAUAUUUAUGUACAAGAGAAUCAAUUUUACGAAAACAUUAUAACAGUAAUAGUUUAUUUACCGGAGCAUUAGGAAAUACUGACAUUCGUGAAAUUGUUGAUAGUUUAUUAGAUAUUUUACAUCCUUUAGCAUUUUGUCCAUUUCAGCUUGAUCUUUUAUACCAAUAUCGACAAUUGCAUAAUAGUUUUGGUAAUAUGAACAAUUAUAGUUUGAACGGAACAAAUUUUCGAAAUAUAGAUUUACAUCAAAAGGAUCAUCAUUAUGAAAAAACGGAUAAUUGUGGAACUGUAUCAAGUCCAAGGAAAAUACGUCCACGGUCUUGCGUUGUUUAUAACGAUUAUGACGAUAAAUCUGGAAUAACGCAUAAAAUUGAUCACGAGAGUGUUGUUAAAAAACGUUUCAACAAUGCUAUUGGAACGACUAAAGUAUUACAUGGUUUAGAAAAAUUAGCAUCGGAAGAUUCUGAAGAUUAUACAGAUAGCCUUGAACAUUCACCAUUGAAUAGAGGUGCAGCGAAACAAACUAUUCCUAUUAAAGUAUUAACUCAAGAUUCAAAAAUGGAGGAUGAAGAUACGAUUACUGGGGAAGCUAAGUUUAGAAAAUUACAAGAAAAAUGGGAAUCGAUGGUUGGUAAAGAUGAGAGUGUAAAAAAUCAAGCUGCACCAACGACGUUACCACCCUUGUCACCAAUGCGAACACCCGCAAAUUUAGGAAAAUCAAAAAUACCACGAUUAUUAACGUCGCCAAUUAAACAGCCAAAUGUAACAAUAGGAUCUGCUAAAAGUGUCAAGUCCCCUAUGACUGGGAUACCUUCUUUGAAAAAACCGGUUGCAUUGUCAACUACCAAAACAGUAUUAAUGAAACCAAUAGAAACAACAAGGGGGAAAGGUAUACCAGAAACACGACGUACCAGUCGCGUUGAUCAGGACGUAGUUGGAACAUCGCGGACACAUUUGUCACGACCUAGCUCUUUACCUUAUAAAUCUUAUGGAGUUAUGUCGAAAGAAAAGAAUCUCGUAUCACCUCAAAGGCGAGCUGCUUCCACUUCUUUACCAAGGCCAAAUACAGCUACACGAAAUAAUAUUUCGAGGAAACAACCUUUAAAAGACGUUCGCACAGUUACAAAUAGAGCACCAUCGAAUAAUGGGCAUCUAUCAUUUGCAGAAGGUGAAAGAUUGAAAGUUAUAUUAGAAAUUGAUAAUAAAUGGUUAUUAUGUGAAAGAGGUGAUAGAAAAGGUUUGGUUCCAAGAAUGUGUGUGCAUACUAUUCAGACUUAGCGCCCAUUCGUUGAUAUUAAUCAGAGAAAUUCUUAAGUAAGUUGAUUAAAAAGUGAAAGUGAUGUGCUUAGCUUUGAACGAAUGCAAGAAAGAAAGAAAGAAAGAAAGAAAAAAGAUGAAAUAUACGGUUUCGUAUGUACAGUGUAUUAAAGAAAAAGGCAUAGUUAAAUGAUUUUUAAAAUUAUUAUUUAA